AUGGUGACUUGCGAGGCCGGCGGUUUUGUCAAUCCGUCGGCGUUGGCCUCGCAGGUUGACGUGCCCUUGGUGCUGAUUCGUGAAGCUGAUAAGCUUCGCCCACCCACCAUUUCCGUCAUCAAGUCCCCGUCUCAUAUCUCGCUUUCGGUAUCCAACGAUUCGAAACAGAAGCGGAUCGAGAUGGGGCGGGAUGUGGUCUCUAAGGGCGAGCCAGGGGUGGUGGAUGAUGUGCUUUCCACCGGUGAGACGCUUUGUGUGGUAAUACGGCUGUUACAAGAAGCAGGCCUCAGCGCCGAGGAUAUCAGUGUCAUGGUCGUGGCAGAGUUUCCGCUUCACCGUGGUCGGGAACUGUUGUGCCAGCGUGGGUUUGGCGGAAUCAAUAUUCAAUGCCUUUUAGUCUUUGGCGGUGCUUAG